AUGAACACCCCUGGAUCGAUGGCACUCGGAUGGGGCCUAUUACUGGUUGCGGGCGGAGGCGGGCUGUAUCUGGCGAAGAAAGACAUCAAUGAACGCAGGCGCGAUCAGGCACGACGAGGUAUCAGGCCCACCGACACCCGGGAAUGGCAUGAGCGGGUCGCCGACCACCAGAAACGUCCACCGGCCGACUCUUCCCCACUGCAAGCCGUCAGCUUAGGAGACUCUUCGGCCUCGGCUAGCGAUCCCGCCCAGCCCGGCUUGCAGUCCACCUUCUCCAAAUUCGACCGCCCCUACCAUCCGCCCCAGCAUAAAUCUAAUCCUCAAUCCUCUCAUGAGCCUCAAUAA